CUCAUCUUCUUCGUCGGGACAGUCCUCCCCAAAUUCUCCCCCAAAAGAAGAGCUUAGAAACUCGACAGAGAGCUCCUCCAUCAACGCAACCAGUCCGGCAUUGAGAAAUCAAAGCCUCAUCAAGGCAGUAAUGCAGGUGUACCCGUUGGCUGACCAUGGAUAUUGUAUAUAUCAUUUGUCCCAAAAUGUGAAACUGAGCUGUAAGAACGUGAACAGAGAGUUAGUUGCGACCAAGUUCAUGGAAUGCGCUAAGGCUUAUACAGAGGCCGAGUUCAAGAAACUCUAUGCUGCUUUUAUCAAAAGAUAUCCUGCUGCAGGUGCUUAUCUUGAUAGAACUGUUGGACAGAACAAAUGGGUGCGAUGUUAUUUUCUAGGCGCAAGAUACAACAUAGACACCACUAAUACAGUUGAAUCUAUUAAUGGUGUCUUCAGAUACGUAAGGGCUUACGCGCUAUUACCAAUGAUUGAUGCGAUGGUUACUAAACUGUCGGAAUGGUUUAACAAAUAUAGGAAGAUAUCAUUGGAGACACCAAGGACGCAGAAGUUAAUACCGUUUGUUGAGAAUUUGAUGCAUAUAAGAUGUGUGGAAGCGACUCUCUUGCCGGUGACUGAACUAAACAGCUAUUUUCUUGAGUAUAAUGUGACUGUAGUUGGUGGUAGUAGUUAUGUGGUUGAUUUGGUUGAGAAAACUUGCUCUUGCAAGCUAUUUGACAUUGACAAGUAUCCGUGUGUGCAUGCUAUUGCUGCUGCCUUGGAAGCUGGAAAAAAAAACAGGAACUCAGAUCCAAUUGCAUGAGUUGUGCAGGUGCUUGACAACCAUCGUUGAAUAUCUCGACUGUUUUGACGAGUUUCGGAUUGUUGCUUAGUGAACCGAAUCCGGAUGAUGGCUUGAUAUGUGAAGGAGUAAGUCUACUUGCAACACACUUUUUUCUUGUGAUUUUGCUUUUGUUUCUUUAAGCUUUGUUUUGGCAUUUUUUCAGAGCAGUGAGUAUAAAUACAAUAGACAAACUUUU